AUGAAAAGUGUUAUUGAAUUGGUAAAAUACAUUCUUUUAUUAGUAGCUUAAUAAAUGUAAUUUUCCAAAAAGACAAAUCCACAAUUUUGGAUAAAUUUAAGAUGGAAUCUUAUUUGCAUAAUUGGAAGAUGAAUUGUAAUAUAUAAAUCCUCCAAAAUUAUUAUAGCUUUAAAACAGAUUUGAAACAAUAUUUAUGGAACCUGAUUAUUACUCGUUUGUAAAGAAUAAGAAGAAAUCAUAACUUAUAGAUUAAAGAAUUUACAUAAGAAAUUGCAAAUUCUGAUUGCAAUGAUGAAUUAGCUAAAUUUAUCAAAUAUUUUCUCGAAACUAUUUUUUAUGUGAAAAAAGAGGAUGCCAUUUAUUAUAUGAAAUAAUGUUCUGAUAAUUAAUAAGAAGAAAUAGUAUAAUUUAUGUAAAGUGAUUUAUUGGAAUCAAAUAGUUUAUAAGAUUUAGGUCAAUCAGAGUUUUAAACAACAAAUACUAUAAUAUCUCUAGAAGAAAACUUAUAUAGUAAAGAUAAUAUCAUAAUUUAAUAAACAAAAUAAAUUGAAUAAUUGAAAUCUGAUUAUCAAAAUAUGUUAUAAGAAAUGCAAACUAAAAUUUAUGACUAGUAAGAAAUAAUAGAUAAAUUAAAAGCUUAAGCUGAUUUUUUCUUAGAAAAAGUAAUUUGUGAUGAUUUUGAAGAAGCUUGGUUUAAAUUUUAAGAAUUUACAUAAGAUUAAGAAAAAAAUAAAAAGUAAAUUGAAGACCUUAGUAAUUUAGUGUAAAAUUAAUAAAAUGAAAUUUUGAAUAAAAGGAGAAAAAAUUAAAAAUUAAAGUCAUAAUUAUCAUCUAAUCAACCAACAGAAAGAGCAUUAGACUAUGAAAAUUCAGACUAAAAAGAUUCUUCAGAAAUAAGAACAAUUGAAUUACUUAAAAAGGAAAUCUAAGUUUAAAAGGAAGAAAAUCUCAAACUUUUGAGUAAACAUACAUAAUAUGAAUAAGAAAUAAGUAAAUUUAGAAAAAAAUUAUAUGAACAAGAACAGGAAACUACUUAAUAUAAAAAGAAAAUGGAAAAAUAUAAAAUAGAAUUAGAUGAUUGUUUAAAUUCAAAUUAACAAGAUAAAAGAUAUUAUAUAGAAAAUUUUAGACCAUAAGGUUUAUUAUCUUCAAAUAAUAGUUAAAUUGUAGAUAUAGAAUAAAGAAUUGGUUUAUCACCCUAAUUAAAUUGUUUUGAUUUCAAUUAAUCAUUAAGUAAAUUUGAGCAUCCUGUUAGUUUUAAUAAUUAAUCAUUUAAAAAUCCUGAUGAAAAAAAUUUAACUAAGCUUUAAUUAUAAAUAACAGAGAAAAAUAAUAAAAUUGCCAAUUUGGAGAAAUAAAUUAAUUUAAUUUAACAUGGUUCACAUUCAAGAGGAAGUUCAUUAACAAAGCUUAGUCAAAUACAAUAGGAAAGACAUGUUGAAUAAUCUAAUUUAAUGGAAGUAAUUAAUAUAAUAAAAAAUUUUUAGAAUUUUAGAUAUUUUUUAUAACAUUCUCAAUAAAAGGAUAAAGAAGUAAAACAAAUAAAAGAAUAAUAAAAUGAAAAUUUCUUAAAAAUAUGUAAGUAAUUAAUAUAUUAAAAUGAAUAAAUUUAAAAAAUGAAUUCUCUAAUUUUUGAUUUUCAAAAUGAAGAAUAAAUAAAAGAAAAUAGUUAAAAUCAAAAUGAAGAUACAUAAAAUAUACAUCAAUAUUAUCAGUAGGCUUUAAAUGAUAAAGAUAAAUUAUUACAAUUAAUCACAACAAUAUUCUAUGAAAAUGUAAAAAUUUGA